GACCGAUUUGAUGACUCCAAGCUGCCGUUUAUUGUGGAGGCAGAGCAAGAGGAGGAUGCUGGACAGGACCUGGGCAGGAUGCCCUUGCUCUCUGACUUGGGCGGUCCUUCAUCUCAGCCUAAUCUGAGUGUCAUGUUAGGGGAGGAGUUUCGGCACCUUAGCAUGCUACGUCUGUGCAAAUCUCCCAUUCAAAGCUCCCGGGUACAAAGCCCCUCUCCUCAGAUGCCACCCCAUGAGGAUCUGUCUCCAGCUGCAGUUCCCGCCCCAAGAAUAGACAAGAGCUUCUGCCACAGACCAGCCAAACUGCUCAUUCCCACCCUGAAUUGUGUCAGCCCACUGGACCUGAGCCCCCGUGUUGUCGAUGGCAUUGAGGAUAACGAACAUGCUUUUCACUUCAAUGUUGAGCACAGUGAGCCAUCUCCUAACACAGAGGUCAAAG